AUGACACUCAGUGUUCAGUCGGCUGUGUAUCAGCAAUCCGGUGCCCACUCAUCUUUUGACGGCAGUCAGCUUGAGCAGGACAGGUUGAAUCCUCAUCACCAGGAUUACCGCAACAGUGCAACUGUACAAUCCUAUCCAACGCCAUCCCAACACAUUCCUUCUGUUAAUAUCAAUGCGGCUAUAGCCUCGUCCUUGAAGCUAAAGAAUUCUAGUCCCCCAUCUCAACAAGUGGAUUCUUCACUUGACCUUUUAAAUAAAAUUAUAUCCUUUCAUAAGUCCCCAGCGACACCCUUGGAUAGUCUCAUUAUGGCCCAUAUUGAACAUAUGCCCAAUUCGACAGUCUUGAUGAAUGCUCGUAAUGAGAAAAGCCUGUUUUGUUUUCUUCAAUUUCGCAUAGGUUGUCCAAAGGCUGCGUACCUCUUUUCUGACACAGAGCUCAUUCGGUGCUGUAAGGGUGCUCAGUCGGCCCUCCCUCGUGUCAAUUUGGGCCUUCGAAACGCUGGAAACACUUGUUACCUCAACUCCGUUCUCCAGUGUCUCCUGGCAACUGGUGCACUGCUAUACUUCGUCAGGGAAAAACAUAGCAAGCCUGGUGUCUGUAUCUACGCAAAUAACAAAAACGGUCGACGGUUCUGUGCGCUCUGCGCUCUCUUUCGACUCUUUCAGGAGCACGGCCAGCAAAACAACCACUCUCUGGUGCCUCAGUCUAGUGGUGACUUUCUCAACCGCACUAGCUUCGGCUCUACUACUCCUGCCCUCUUCGCUACGAAUGUUCGGGCUGUUUGUCCAAACCUGCGAGUUUACGCACAGGAAGAUGCUCAUGAAUAUUUGCUGGGUUUGCUCUCGCGAAUGGAAGAAAGCGUGGUUUCUGGUGUUGGAAAGCUGCCGCGCUCCACGCUCGACACAAAUGUGAUUCGUCGGAUUUUCGGUGGUGUUACGCGCUCUGAAGUGACAUGCAACACUUGUCACAAAGUUUCCCUUCGGAACGAUCAGUGGUUUAAUCUGUCGAUGGAUAUCACGUACGCUCGUAGUCUGCAGCAAUGUCUGGUUAAUUACACCCAGACUGAGAUACUCCAAGGUGCCAACGCUUACAAAUGUGAAACUUGUCAGCAGCUGCGACACGCGAAACGCUGUUGUCGCGUCUUUCGUGCCCCUCCUAUCCUCAUAGUUCAGUUCAACAGGUUUUCACGUAGUCAAAAGCUCGACUUUCACAUAGACUUCCCCGCUUCCUUCAAUAUGCGCCCCCACAUGACUCCCUCGAGUGGUUCGCCGGUGGUCUAUCAUCUCUACGCUACUCUUAACCACGAGGGCAUUACGUGUCGCUCCGGUCACUAUGUGGCAUUUAGCAAGCGCAGGAACCAAUGGUUCUUUCACAAUGAUAACGUAGUGACCUCAACGACUCAAGAGUACGUGCUGCGGCAGUCGCCUUAUUUACUUUUUUAUCAGUUGGCCUCUCCCGAGGCUGUUUUGGGUUUGACUUCCGUCGGUGGCAGUGCCGGUCAGCCCCAGUUAGAUGCCAAGCCCGCUGGUUCGGCUUCUACGCCGACUUCACCGCCAUUGGGUCCUUGUAAGCCCGCAGCGUCAGAAGGGGCCAUCGACAUAGCAUCGAUUCCUUUACCUCCUGGACCUGCUCGACCAAAACCUGCCUUCGUAUUCCAUCCCCGUGUUCUCGCCAAACCCACUCCCCUCCUUCCCCAGUCUUCAUCAGCGCCACCUGUUGGUGUUCCAGGUGAGAAACUAAUUCUAGCAUCGCAAGAUUUCGCACUAUCACUUCACACUACGAGGAAGUACAAUUCUCCAAAGCUCUCAAAUGGUGGUAGUCGUUUCAGCCAAGAUAUCGAAAACAGUCAUCUCGGCUCGUCCAACAAUACGGCACACAAUCGAAGUACAGUUGGUACUUCAAGUAGUGGUAGCAGCGGAAGCAGUAGUAGCAGUGGUACUGAAAGUACUGAGACUAGUGUAGAAUGGGUUCCGAUGACCAAAACUGAUUUGCUGCAGCAACAACCUCACAAACGUGCCCACGGUGAAUGCUGUAGCGUUAGAUCCCCCUCGUCUCUCGAUGAUGGAGUUUCAGCUGGUCCAAAGGUGGCGAAGAAGGAUUGUAACGAGGAAGUUAACGAUGUGCGGAAAUUUCAUCACAAUAAAAGACACAAGAAGAUGAGGAGUCACAAGCACAGGCAUCGUCAUCAUCGCAAACAUCGACACAAGAGGAGGCGGUCACGCGAUUAG